AUGAAAUGGAGAAAAGACGCAGAAGAAGGAAGAAUUGUGGCUGGAGGAAAUGGUACAGGAAUAAAUCUGAAUCAGUUGUAUUCUCCUGAAGGAGUAAUUGUUGAUGAUUUAGGUCAAAUUUAUGUAGCAGAUCGUGAGAAUCAUAGAAUAAUGCGUUGGUAUGAAGGAAAAGAAGAAGGUGAAAUUGUUGUUGGUGGAAAUGGUAAAGGAAAUCAAUCAAAUCAAUUGAAUUAUCCUCGUGGUUUAUCUUUCGAUGACGAAGAAAAUCUUUAUGUUUCUGAUGAUUAUAAUCAUCGAAUUCAAAAAUUUGAAAUAAUUUUGUGA